AUGGAGGAUUCAGUCGUCGAUGCUAGCCGGGCACAGUAUCCCCUACUCUUGCUCGCGCACUAUCCCAUACUUAUUUCCGCUAUAUUUGCCAUCUAUAGCGCCUGGCUUGUUAUUUAUCGCCUCUACCUCCAUCCGCUCGCUCGAUUUCCCGGGCCCAGGCUGGCUGCUGCUACUGGAUGGUACGAGUUCUAUUAUGAUGCCCUCAAGGGAGGCACAUAUAUCCAUGAGAUUGAGAGGAUGCAUAUAAAAUACGGUCCCAUUGUCCGCAUCAACCCGCACGAGCUUGUGGUUAAUGACCCAGACUUCUACAACACCGUUUAUGUUGCCGCCAGCACGCGCCGCACAGAUAAGUGGAGUGCUAUAGAUGGCCUUGGAACCGAGGGCAAGGCGACCAUGUCCCGCCUCUGCCGUCCUCUGUGA